AUGACGGCGCGCAAGAAGAAGCUGAGCAUCAGCAGCAUUGGAGGGAGUAAUAAGAAGGAUAACAUGAAGGGCAAUGGGAAGAGCAGUGGAAAUGGAAGCAGCUGGGGCUUUGGACGUUGGGGCUCUACUAAAUCGGCUUCUACGAGCACAAAUAGCUCUGGAGCCACUUCGUCUGCUUCAGUGCCUUCUACUGCUGGCGCUACUGCUGCAACCGCUAGCUCGUGCCCGAAUUCAGCAUCUACACCAACAUCCUACCGUUCGCCUACCACCACCGCUACCAACACCCCGGUCUCGUCUCCUGCCUCAUCUACCACCUCUCCAACUCCGAGAUCGACGCCAACAUUCGCUACUCCGGCAUCCUCUACCAGGUCCGGAUCAAAGAGGACCGUUCACUUUCGCUCCGGCACAAGCAUCUCUGCCAACACCAAUAACAAUAGCGCGCCCUGCAUCCCCAUCCUCUCUGUCGUGCCUCCGCCUGGCCAAGACGGCGGCGACGGAGAGGCAAGACGGCCCGCCAUGCAGAGAGUUUCUGCCUUUCUCCCCUCGUGGGACAAGAGGUCCUCAAAUUCCAGAGCAGGCUUGUUUGGCUGGUCCUCAAACCGCUCUAGCACCUCAAUAUCAGUCGCAAACUCAAAUUCCUUGUCAAGGAUAAACACCUCGGCUGCUAAUGCGAGUGGCCGAGUCCAGCGGGAAGCUUUCUGGCCUGCGACUCUCGAUCUUGAAUGCGAAAAGGCUGCUCGCAUCCUCAAGUCGUUCUCCACCGACGGAUAUUUGGUUCCAUUAGAAGAAGAAGACGAUGCACAAUCGACAACGAGCGAACCACGGUCUCCCAAACGAGUCACCAAGAAGAUCCCCAAGCGCAUUAUUCAGAAUGCCGCCGGAAUCGCAAUCUUCACAUGUAUGCGCAGUGGUCUGUAUAUGACAGGCUCCGGCGGUUCCGGUAUCCUCAUCGCUCGAAAAUCCGACGGUACCUGGUCGCCGCCAUCCGGAAUCAUGCUACAUACGCCCACACUCAGCUUCAUCAUUGGCGUUGAUGUUUACGAUUGCGUUCUCGUUGUCAACAAUCUUGCUGCUCUCGAAUCACUCACAAAACCCCGUGUUACACUCGGCGAGGAUGUCGGUCUUACAAGUGGUCCCUUGGUGUCUUUAGAUUCAGAUGAGUCGCACAUAAAGUGGAAGGACCUGGGUAACACCGUAUUUACGUACCUGAAAGCGCGGGGUCAAAAUCAGGUGGUUAAUCUGAAUGGAUGCAUUCUGGCUGAGAGAGGAAACGAGAAUGAGCGCUUCUAUAACAGCCCAGUCACGCAGAUGGAUGUUCUGGCUGGCAACGUCGCUCGUCAAGUGGACGAAGUAGGGCCGCUUUCAGAGGUUAUCAAAAUGGCCGAGGGUAGGACAGACUUCGAUGCCUCUGUGAUUAGUAGGAUCGCGGCCGAAUGCGCGCCAGGAGACGCCAUGAUCGCGUCACCCAAGUCAUCGACACCCGCCUCACCUCGGACUGCCUUCGGUAUCCCCAACCUCGACGAUCCUGACCCUUUUGGCGUUCUGGCUCUCGAAAUGGCUGGUCUAGAAAUCAGGGAGGCAGGCUCAAGAUUGCGACCUACCAGUAGCCAAUUUGACUUCAACCCCGCGCCUACAAGCCCAGCCUUCUCCAAAUUCAACAGACAGAGUGUGGAUACGUUUGUCUCCAAGAGCAACCGAAACAGUUAUAUGUCUUCGCGAACGGUCAAGAGUCAAAUGACAGAUGCUGGAACACAGACAGAUGUUGGCGCAACACCCGAGACAACGCCUAGCCCAGGUCAGAGCGAGGAUGGAUUUGACAGGUCUACCCGCACGCAAAUUCCCGAGGUUACGGAGGAAGAAGAGGAGGUCGAUUACACAAAAGUCGAUCUGACACCAAUAAGGCAUCUGAGUGGAGCGCACACCCCUCUCAGUACAACCAGUCACAACAGCACAACCGCUGUGGAACACGACACACUCAAGGUCGAACCAAGGGAUGACACUGACAAAGCCUCGAGCAAUUAUGAUAGCGACAGGGAUGACAAGAGCAGCCGAAAUGCCGGAGACGACUCUGAAAGUGAGGCGGAGGUGGAGGCAGAGGAGGACGAGGAAGAGGAGGAACCUGUGGUGUUUGAGGUUGCUGCUGUGCAGCCGGCAAGGACCCAGGCUGUUGCAUCCCGCAUGAUCCACGCCAAGGGCAGCAUGGUCACCAUCCCCAAGAGAAUCCCCCCUCCCCUGCCCAUGAGGAGCCCUGCUAGGACAUCGCGAUCCAGUAAGAGCGAGAUUGGCGAUGUGUCAAACCUUCGAAGCCCUCUACGAAAGCAAGCUUUCAGCGAGGAAGAUCUUGUAUCAGAGGAUGAGCAGGCAACCUCCGAGUCUUCUCCUUAUCUGAAGCCCGGAGAGUUCAAGGUUGAGAAGGCGGUCCGAGUCGAGGCCAAGAAGAUCGAGGAGCAUAAGCCUGAGGCAGUCAAGAUUGACGAGCAAGAGUCUGAGGACGACAACUCGUCGGAUUCUGAUGUUGAGUUCUUCCAAGCCGAGGAGGUCAAGAUGGACAGCACCAAGACCGAGGAGCCCCAGGCGAAGGAGUCUGAAGCCAAGUCUGCAAAACUUGACGAGCCCCGGGAGGAGCUCCAGGAGGAGCGCCCCGCCAGCCCCGGCACUCCUGAGAAGAAGCACACUUCAUCUGUUUACACCGGAGUGACUGAUGAUCGAUGGAGUAUGGAUGGCUCAACACUGACAACGCCUACUUCGGACCGACCGUUCUCGAUCAUCGAUGAUAUGACUGAGGACGAUACGCCAAGGAAGCCAACAAAAGAAGUUGAGCCUGUGGUGAUGAACGAGAAGCAUGAUGAACUGAAGAAGAUUGCAUCAAACGAGGCAACCCCCAACACGAUCACGGUUGUAUAA